AUGUCAACUCUUGCCGCUGAAAACAGAACCUCACAGGACAUUGAUGUGUCGGUAAGACAAUGUCGAAGUUGGCCAUGUUUUGACCAAUUUUUAUGUUGCUGUAUGACUUUCUAAUUUCAGAUAAUCGGCUAUCACUGGGAUCACGUGGAAACCCCGUUCAUUGGCGCGUUAUGGCUUUUGCUGGCAAGCGUCGCGAAGAUUUGUAAGUUUUGGCGGACAGUCAAACAUUUAGGCCAUAUUUUGCUAUGGAACGUCGAAAAGAUAGAGAGAGAGGGCACACAUGGCUGAUGGGGCCGGGUACCCGUUCGAAAAAUUUGCAAAGCCCCUCGAAGCUCCAAACAAAAUUUUUUUUUAAAUUUUACUUUUUUUCCUCGCUUGAAGUUGCCCCUAAAUGUUUUAAUGCUCCGUUAGUGAGCAAUGAGUCUCAAUCUACCUUCACUUACCACUUUUUCAAAGCCUUCUUCAUUCCAACCCAAAAAAAAACCUUUUUUUCUCGGGCACGCAAAACCAUUUGGUCCUCGGCUCGGUCCCAAAAAAGUUGGACUAGCCCUUUCAAAAUUUACAAAGCUCGGCCUGGCACCCCGGCCUGGUUGCCAGAUCAAAUUGUCUUUUCGUCACAAACAGUGGCACAGAGACGCCUUGUUUGAUCGAUGUCUUGGCCAAUUUGUCAGAAACUGUGUUUUUUUUGACAGAGCUGACCAUUUUUCAGGCUAUUCGAUUUUUAGAGUUCUUUCGGCUAGCUAAAACCUUGAAAAAAUUAUUUUAUCACACUGUCGGGAAAAUAAUGAGCACUCUGUCGAAAAUAGUAUCGUCCCCUAGAAAAUGAAUUGUGUCGCGACAAAAUGAAAUUGCUUUUCACUUCAGCGACACAAUCGGUGGCAUUCUGCCCAUUAUUUUCCCGACAUACUGAUGAUACUGAAUGUUUUCAGUAUUCCACGUAAACAAGAGGUUCGGCGAAGCGGUUCCCGACUCGGCCCUGCUCAUCACUGUCGGCCUAAUGCUGGGGAUCAUGUUGAAGUUGUCGCAUGUCGACGAAACCGUCUAUUUCCUCAAUUCCAACGUGUUCUUCCUCUACCUGCUGCCUCCGAUCAUCUUCGACGCGGGCUAUUUUAUGCCCAACCGGCUGUUGUUCGAGAACUUUGGCUCGGUGAUGAUGUUCGCGGUGGUGGGGACCAUCUGGAACACUGUCGCCAUUGGCGGGACAUUGUCAUUGCUCUCCCAAUACACCAAUCUUUUCAAUGUGAACGUCUCGUCCGUGGAGUCGUUCCUCUUUUCCUCGUUGAUCAGCGCCGUGGAUCCGGUGGCUGUGAUCACCGUUUUCGAGGAGAUCCAUGUCAACGCCUUCCUGUUCAUCAACGUCUUUGGCGAGGCCCUCUUCAACGACGGAAUCGCCGCCGUUCUCUUCCAAAUCUUCAACAAAAUGACGACGGUUGGCACCGCCAACCUCAAUGCUCAACAUUUUGCCGUGUUUGGCUCCUCAUUUUUUGCUGUCGCUCUUGGCGGAGCAUUGAUUGGCGUUAUUUUUGCAUUUGUCAUCGCGCUGGCCACGAAAUGCACUCAACGCGUGAGGGUGGUGGGCCCGGUAUUCGUGUUUGUCAUACCGUAUAUCUCGUAUUUGGUGGCCGAGAUGACGGGAUUCUCGGCGAUUUUGGCGUAAGUUUUUUUUGGAUUUUCAUUUUUUUUUAUUUUUUGGAACUUGGAAAAAUUGAGAUUAGAGCCUUAUACGAUGUAUAUAUAAAAUUUUUAUAUUUAUAAAAGCUUGCGGUUUACAGAAACAACCAAGACUUUUAGACCGAAAAUUAGUAAAAAUGUAAAAUUUUUUUUUGCCAAUUUGGGCAUGAGAAGUUUCAUGCUUAUUUCUACUAUAGAGAGUAAUAUUUCCACAAAAAAUCAUUUUUUUCCGCGCGAAACUGGCGAAGAUAUGGCCAAAAAGGGGGGUUUUCUCUGGCCGCUCUCCGCGUUUUGUGUACUCUCUCGCAAAAUUCGUUAAAUAUCUCGGCUGCCACUGCAAAGCGCGAGCUAAAAUUUUCAGUAAUUGAUAUGUGACCUUUCACCAAAUUGUGCGUGAAAUUUAAAGAAAAUCUGAGCCGCACUGCGGGUACCUCCUUCACAAAGUUAAAAUUUUUAAAAUUUUACAAAGGCAUGAUUUUUCAGAAUCUGCUGCUGCGGAAUAGUGAUGAAACAGUAUGUCAAAUGCAAUAUCACACACGACGCCGCAUCCUCCGUGAAAUACUUUGUGAAGCUGAUGGCUCAGUCCAGCGAGACGGUAGUUUUCAUGUUCCUCGGGCUCUCCGCGAUCUCCUCGAAAAGCCGCUGGGACUGGGGUUUCAUUGCGGUGACAUUAAUUGCCUGUUUAGUCUACAGGAUCAUUGGUGAGUAGCCUAUCAUGCAUCUAGCUGGCAGGACAAAAUAACGCUAAAAACUCAUAUUCUAGGCGUCAUUUUGCAAUGCUACAUUCUGAACAAGUUUCGGACCAAAAAGUUCACGUUUGAAGACCAAUUCAUCAUGUCGUAUGGGGGACUUCGAGGAGCGAUUGCGUUCGGAUUGCUCAGUUCUAUUCCCGAAACUGUGGAUCAGGAAGUUCGUGCGGUUUUCACGACAACGACCAUUGUUGUGAUUUGUUUUACCGUGUUUCUGCAGGUGGGUAAAACUUUAAGGGCCUUUAAACACCGUGGUGAAAUCUCUUAGAAGACCUCAAAAAUAUUUUUCUAGGGCAGCACCAUCCGCCCCCUGCUUCAUCUUCUCAAAAUUGAGCGACAAAAGAAGGACGAUGAGAUGAUGUUCAGGAAGAUCUAUCAACGCGUAAGUCAACGUUUCUCCUUGUUCUUAAACCUGCGGAAAUUACAGUACAUUGACUACAUGAUGGCCGGCUUGGAAGACAUUGUGGCAUCGCGUGGAGCGCACUCAGUCCGGGAUUGGUUCGAACGCAUCAACGCGAUGUACUUGAAGCCCGUUUUGACCAUCGAAAACAAGCAAGAGUUCGAUGCGACGCCGUUUGUGAGGAUGUUCGCCAAAGACGCCAUGCUCAGAGCCGCCGAAAUGGUCGACAGAAAAGAGUCUUUCAAGGCGAAGAAGAUCAGUCAGCCAAGGUUUGCGAUGGCCAAGAUUCAGCCGGCGGAAGGGAGUGCGGUGCCGAAAAUUCAAAGGGCGGAUACUGUAACUUCGGAGGCCGAAAGUGUAAGAUUUUUCGAGUCAGGACGUUUCGGGUUGAUGACAGUUGGAGUAAACGUAAAAUCGAGAGAUAUAUAGGGAGAGUAGGACAGGCGUAGACCCAAAAAAAGGCUGUAGAAGGUGCCUAAAAGUCUGGCAAAGCUGUUGGAUGGUCGGCGGACGCUCGGCGAGGGCUCGGCGGAGACUUGGCGAAGACUUCCAAUAUGUAUACUUUUACUAAUUUUAGCUACUAUCGAUAGAGUAAGAAUAUUGCACAUAGAGAGUCAUAAUAGUAAAUCCAAGACCUUCUGAAGGGUCCGGAAGAGUUUUGAGGGCCUCAGAAAAGUCUGGGCGGCUCCAAAAGAGUUUUCAAAGCUCCGCAAAACUUUUACCUGGUCGUCAAAUCCUUUUGAGAGCUCCGCAAGUCGGUAAAGUAAGAAUAUUGCACAUAGGAUCGAAGCAAGGUCAUAAAUGUCUGAUAUGAGUAAAUACCAAGGUUAGUUUUUUUUUAUCAUGAGUUAUUGCAACGAAUAAAAGACCAAAAUUUGAGGCAAAAAAACGAAGAUCUGUAACUUUUAUCUAGAAAUUAUUGAUGUAGUACAUGUAAAAUACCGCAAAAUAGGCGAUGCGCUACCCUAGGAUCCUAUCAAUCUUAUUAUUUCUACUAACUAAGAAUUCUCCUAGCCUCUCCCAUGCAAAGAAUGACGAACCGAGGCGUAUCGUUGACCCGAACUGUCGCUGCCCCAAAAAGUCACAGCACCAGAUUCUUUUUGUAAAAUACGGUCUAAUUUUUUCCAGGUAAUCUCCCUGUCAACGGAGCAGAUGAACCAGCUGCAUCAAAUGAUGAGCGAUUUACUCGACGAAAAGCUAAAGGCGUUCCCGCUGUUCGUGGCCAAAAUGGACGACAUCAAAGACGAUUACUUGUCGAUAAUCAACGACAGUGUUGGGAAGAAGGAUGAAGAACGCGAGGUGAAAGAAGCCCUCACUCCGAAGUUGAGCUCAGACGAUGCGUUGGUGUGA